CAGAGCGACACAGAUCUCCACUGAUCAACACAAGCUGCUCAUCCGUCUUUUACGCACACUGUUGUCCAGGGAGAAGCAGUCCUCGCUCCAAGAUUGAAUCAUGAUUAAGAAAAUGUCUCCCUCCGAGAGCGAUUAUGACAUCCCAGCAAAGAACUGCUACAGGAUGGUCAUUCUGGGAUCCACCAAAGUUGGGAAGACGGCCAUCGUUUCUCGUUUCCUGAACGGGAGGUUCGACGAGCAGUACACGCCGACCAUCGAUGACUUUCACAGGAAACUGUACAGCAUCAAGGGAGAAGUCUACCAGCUAGACAUACUGGAUACAUCAGGGAACCACCCUUUCCCCGCCAUGAGGAGACUAUCCAUACUGACAGGUGACGUGUUCAUCCUCGUCUUCAGCCUGGACAACCGCGACUCCUUCCAGGAGGUGCAGCGGCUCAAGCGGCAGAUCUUCGAAACCAAGUCGUGCCUGAAGAACAAGAUCAAAGAGAACAUCGACGUGCCUCUGGUCAUCUGCGGGAACAAGGGAGACCGAGAGUUCUACCGGGAGGUGCAGCAGGAGGAGAUCGAUCAGCUGGUGGCCGGGGAUGAGAAGUGCGCAUACUUCGAGAUCUCCGCCAAGCGCAACGAGAACGUGGAUAAGAUGUUCCAGACUCUGUUCACCUUGGCCAAGCUACCUCACGAGAUGAGCCCCGACCUUCACCGCAAGGUCUCCGUCCAGUACUGCGACAUGCUGCACAGAAAGUCUCUGAAAAACAAGAAGAUGAAGGACAUUGGGGAAGCCUUCGGGAUGGUCAACCCGUGCGCACGGAGACCCAGCGUGCACAGCGACCUCAUGUACAUUAAAGAGAAGGCCAUAGGAGGCGGCCAGGUCAAAGAAAAAGAGAGAUGUGUGAUCAGUUAAGAGGAACAGAGAGGCACAAACUCAACGUUAAUCUUUGAAAG